AUGAAAUUCUCUUCUCUUCUCGCAGCGUCCCUCCUCGCCGGACUUGGCAACGCGGCCGUCAAAUUUCCUAAGGAAUUCAAGGAUUUCAAAUGCGACAGCCGUGACUUCAACAAACAAGACAACCAUAACGCCGCCGACGCUGCCUACCAGCACAGGGGCCUCCCAAAACAAGGAAUGUACCCGCACACAUUUUACAACAACGGCGAUCCGAUGAUCAACUUCGAGCCGCAGUGCAACGGCAAGACCCUGAAGGAGUUUCCGCUUGAGCAUCUGACUACCUGGAAUGGGGAGAGAAAUGCAGACAGGUGGCGCGUAGUCGUGGCCUUUGAUGGCACUGAUACGCUGUACUGUGGCGCCAUGUUCCAUCGGACUAGUGACAUUUACGAGUAA